ACUCCUCACUCACUCACACACUCACUCACUCAGUCUGGGAGUCAGUCAGAGUCCGCAGCGUCUCCAGCGUCAGUUGCCUGUAGGAGAACAUGCACUUGACUGAGCUGAAGUCAUGGCUUUCCAUCUUCAUUCACCGACAGCACUGAGAGACUGACUGUCUGUGCGCGCGCGUGUGUGUGAGUGUGUGUGUGUGUGCGGGACUAAAGGACACAUUUGUUUCUGUGGAGUAGAUCACGAGGAGGAUGAUGAGGAUGGUGACGAUGGCGAUGAAGGGGACCUCGUUUUACCUGCUCGCCGUCAUGUUGGCCCGGGUCUGCUCGGGUCUUGGAUAUGCGGAGUCCAGUGUUCAGACCGGACAGAGAGCAGCGAGCAGACACAGGAAUUGGUGUGCUUAUGUGGUGACUCGCACAGUUAGCUGUGUGAUGGAGGACGGGGUGGAGACGUACAUAAAACCGGAUUACCAGCGCUGCACCUGGGGACAGUGUCCUAGAGUUGCCUACCGGACAUACAGGAGGCCGAGGUAUAAGGUAGCUUACAAGAUGGUGACAGAAAUGGAGUGGAAGUGUUGCCAUGGUUACUCCGGGCAAGACUGCCAUGAUGGGCCACAGGUAACCACCACCACCAACACUCAGGUCAAUGCAGGGCGACCUCGCGUCACACAGACGGGCUUCAACACAGGUGGCGGGCAGAGAGGAGAAGGUGACUCGGAGAAGAUUAAACAGCUGGAGGAGACGAUCCGCGGUCUGAGCAAAGACCUCCACAACAUGCAGACCACCAUGCACGGCAUGAACCAGAGGCUGUCUGGUCUGAGUGGAUCAAUUGUCCCCGCUGAUUCAGCUCAGCCACACAUGAAAGAAACCAUCAACAGCAUCCAGACGAAGCUGGACCACCUGUAUAACAGGACGCAGGUCCAUGAUCAGACUCUGCUCACCAUCAACAACCACCUGGUGAACGGUGGGGGCAACGAGCUGGAUGGAGCUGGCACAGGAGGAGGAGGUGGAGGAGGAGCUGCGGGGAACCAGCUGAACUCACUGAAGGAGGAGAUACUGACAGAGCUUGAGAGAAGAGUGUCUCUGUCCUGCUCCGCCUGCCAGGCUGGUGUGGAGGACCUGAGGCGCCAGCAGCAAGAAGACCGGGAGAGGAUCCAGGCCCUGGAGAAACUGCUCAGUUCUAUGGACCAGCACUUGAGGCAGAGCGUGGAAAUUUCCCACAGUGAGACUGAGCGCUCCCAGGCCUGCUGUAAAACAGUCUCAGAGUUUGAAAAGAAGCUGUCUGAUGUAGAGGUCCGAGUCACCUCCACUGCAAACAAAUGUGAAACCAUUAAAGGACGCCUGGACAAGGAGCUCGCCGGGACGGGUGGAGGAAAGGGAAAAGUGACGGAGGACAGGUUGAAUGGCAGACUGAGAGAAUUAGAGAAGAGGGUGAACAACACUGUGAGGAAGAUAGAGCAGAGGUGCACUAAUAGUGGGAACAACAUAAAGGACAGUGUCCAGAGAGACGUCACACAGCUGCGUAACAUGGUCCUCACUCAGAUGGAUGACCACACCAUUAAGAUAGGCCAAAUAGAGCUGGACGUGGCCGUCCUCGGAGACACAGUGAGGGAUCACAGUCGACGUUUAGGUCAGCUGGAGAACAUUACAACGAUUUUAGACCGAAGAUUAACGUCAAUCACAAACAUGUGCAAUGAGACCUGUGGGCCGAAUGGAAAAGGAGAAAAGACUGAGGACACUGUGAAAACACUAGAGUGGAGAGUUGUGGCCAAUCAAGAGGACAUCCAGAAGUUUGACACCAAGUUAAAUGAUUUGUCUGUGUCAGGAGACUCCUUAAGUGACAAAGUGAUCACCUUAACGGAUGACGUCAAAAAGAUCAUUGCGGUGACCGGGCUAAACGGUGAGCGCUUUAAUCGGAUUGUCUCAGAAGUUGAUGAGCUGGCCCGUAGUUUUGAGGAUUGCUCGAUUUGCAGCUCAGUAAGAAACGAUUUGCUCUCGCUGACCAACACCACCAUCAGCGGCCUCAGCAUGUGCCAGUCAGAGCUGACCGACCUGAGGAGAAAAGUGGAUUCUGGAGAAUCUGCGUGCUCUCAGGUGUGCUCUAACCUUCAGGAGGAGGUGGGACGACUCCGAGAGGAAGUGGAGGAGUGCACAGGACAGUGUAAAACCAACAUCAAUGACCUGGAGAAACGCCUGGAUGGUCACACUGUCCACAAUGGGAGAUUAGGAGGGGAUCUGAAGUCCAUCCAAGGAGAACUUGCUGGGGUCAUCGUCACAUUCAACUCCAUUAAUAACACGCUGAAGGGCCUGGGAAGGACUGUGCACACACAUGGGAACACGCUGACUGAUCUGACCAACAGCAAGGAUGACAUCAUUUCCGAGGUGAACAACCUGCAGACGGAGCUGAUGGAGCACGUUGACGACUCAAAGGUUCGACUCGACAGCUUGGGUAACGAAAUCCAAAUAAUCACGAGCAACUAUGUGAAGGAGGUGACGGAGUGCCGGCGGACCAGCGAAGGCCUUGAUCGAAGAAUCACCACGCUGGAGUCAGUGUGUGUACACACCGACUCCUUUUCAGACGGCCUGGACGGGAUCAAGGACGGACUGGACGGACACGUGACAGAGCUUUGGAGUAGCAUUAAUGGACUCAACGUCACGGUGACAUCUCAAGGAGACGUUAUCCACCACAUCCAGCACGUACAGCUGGAGAACGUCCACAACAAGAUACGCGGGCUGAAUUCCUCAGUGCUCGACUUGGCCAGGGAGUUCCACAGUUUCCUAGAACAGGACUUCAUGGGUCCACCAGGUCUGCCAGGACCACGUGGAGAGACUGGCGGGCGUGGAGUCCAGGGUCUUAUAGGACCUCAAGGGAGGGUGGGACCCCCAGGCAGAGAAGGCAAGCAGGGGCCAGUGGGACCACCAGGUCUCAGAGGUGAACAGGGUGCUGCAGGGUCCGAUGCCCACGUGCCACGCCUUUCUUUCUCGGCUUCACUGACUCGUCCGAUGAGACGCGCGGGAACCAUCGUGUUUAACGAGGUCUUUGUCAAUGAAAACAAUGUCUACAAUCCAAGAACAGGUUACUUCACUGCUCCUGUGAGUGGAAAGUACUUCUUCAGUGGUAUUCUUACGGGCCACAAGAACGUGAAGAUCGAGGCCGUGCUGUCCAAGUCCAACACCGGCGUGGCCCGCGUGGACUCGGCCGGGUAUCAGCCAGAAGGCCUGGAGAAACCCAUGGCAGAGGCCAAACACAUUCCCGGAGCUGUAGCCGUCUUCAACAUCAUCCUGCCCAUGGAGGCUGGGGACACCGUGUGCAUCGACCUCGUCACUGGGAAGCUGGCCUACUCCUCUGAACCUCUGACCAUCUUCAGCGGGAUGCUGCUGUACCAGACCGUCUGAUCACACGUGGUUUAUUUAUGACUAGUCAGUCCGGGUGAAACCGUCAGCACGCAACUGGACUCUUAAAGAGACAGAGACAUUGACUGAGUCAUCAAGAAGACUGACAAAUGUGGACUGGAUUCAUUCAGCAAGACAAUAGAGAAUAUACUUAUACAUCUUAUUUUGUUAAGAGAGAAUGAAAAAGGAAACUAAUGUUCAGUCACAGUGAUCUGUGUUUCACAGCUUUAAGGAAAACUUUGUUGCCACUGUGGGGUUUUCAUGUCAUUCUAUACGUAACGUGCUAUAAACUUGAAUUCUUUACUGAUUACACAAUAUUAGCCGUCAGGCCUUACAGGUGUUAAUGAAAGGCUACUUACUCAGAUGAUACAAGAUAAAAUACACGUGUGUUUGUUUUGUUUUCCACACACAGACACUAUCAAGACUGUUAUGACACAUUUCUGCCCCCAGUGUGUUUUGUAGUUUGUUUUCUUUCUUUUUUUUCGCUCAGUUUCACUUUGACCGCAAGCAAAUUCCCAGAAACAUAAUGCUGAAAAGACAUUCACAGUGAUGUAGGUGGAGUGGGGCACAGUCCAAACCACUAUUCUUCAGAGGGGAAAUCUGAAAUGAAGUCACAGACAGUUCAGAAACCGCAGGAUUUCAGAAAUCGGACGUCAGCAAAACAAUAAGACCAUUUUAGGAGGGAUAAUAAGAAGAUUGAAUGGCCAAGGGGAAAGUGUGGGGAUUUCUGUUCUCUGACCUAAUAAGGCCCAUCUAAAUUCUCUGGAAGAUCAGACAGUUACAGUUUGGAGUCCACAUUACAUUGAAGUAUUUAUGUAAAGCUAACAAUAACAAACGAAGAAGCUACACAUACCAUUGUCUCUGUGCUGCGAAUCCCUAGCAACCUUUCAUCCUCCGUUUAAUUGAAAAGCUUCCAAAUGAAAGUAUGUGCAAGUUAUAUUAUAAGUCUGUAGAUAUUCUUGAGUGGAUUUUUUUUAAAAGGAAGAUUGCACAUUUUCUAUACACAUACGGCAUUAUAUUAUGGUGGAAGUGACACAUUAAUAUCAGCUUAUCAGGGUUUGCUCAUAUUCUGACACUUGUUUUCAUCAGUGUUAAGUGUGGAAAUGUAUUUUUGUGCUUCCAGGACUUAUAACGUGUAACCAUAAAGGAGUGUAAAUAUUUUUCAUCUGUUUUGCCCUUAUAAGAUUUUUAUGAAUUGCCACUUCACUUUGCCAGGUACUGUACAUGUUUUGUAUGAUUUGACCACGUGUGCCUCAAAUACAGCUACCCUGUUUUUACACA